AUGGCUAAACGUUCAGCAAUAGAGGCACUAGAUGAUCUUUUGCGUGAUCUUAUGGAAAAGGAUGAACUUUUUGGUGGAAAAGUAAUUGUACUUGGUGGUGAUUUUAGACAGACAUUGCCAGUUGUUCCCAAUGGAAGCAAACAUGAUACAAUUGCUGCUUGUUUGACUAACUCUUACUUGUGGCAAAAAUUUCAUCUUCUACAAUUAGAUGAAAACAUGAGGGCAUUACUAGAUCCAAUUUUUACAGACUUUCUUCUACGAUUAGGUGAUGGUAAUGAAAAUUUAGAUGAGGAUGAUGUUACUCUUCCAAAACAAAUUGUUAUAGAAGAAAGUGAAGAAUCAGAAGGAUUACAUACUCUUAUUGAAUAUGUUUACCCAAAUAUUUCUCAACAUUACACAACUAUACCUUCAUCAAUGAACCGAGCUAUCUUGACAACGAAAAAUACUUUUGUUGAUCAGAUCAAUGAAAUCUUAAUACAAAAAUUCCAAGGUGAGGUGAAAGAGUAUGUUAGUUUUGAUGAAACCCUUGAUCCAAACGACCAAGGUCAUUAUGAGGACCUUUUGCAUUCUUUAACACCGAAUGGAAUGCCACCACAUAGACUAAUUUUAAAGAAAAAUGCACCUAUUAUAUUACUAAGAAACAUGAAUCCUAUAGAAGGAUUGUGUAAUGGUACAAGACUCUUUUGCAAGAACUUUAAUAGAAAUGUUAUCCGGGCAGAGAUAGCUUUUGGUGAUUAUGCUGGGAAAGAGGUGUUUAUUCAUAGAAUUCCAUUACAACCAGCAACAGGAGAAGGCUACACAGUGCCAUUCAAAAGAACACAAUUUCCGGUCAAACUAUGCUUUGCAAUGACUAUAAAUAAAGCACAAGGACAAACACUGGACAUUGUGGGCAUAUACCUCAAAGAACCUAUAUUUUCACAUGGACAACUAUACGUUGCCCUGUCCCGUGCUAGAAGAAUUGAAAGUGUUAAAGUGGAACCAAGCACAGUAGAACCAGAACCAAAAGAACCUGCACACGGUUCAGUUCUUAAUUUUAUCCAACUUUGGUUCCCAAAAAAGUUCGGUUCAGGCCAGUUUCAGCCAGACAAACACUCAUUGAACCCAUCGAAGAACAAACCCCACCACCCCUCACAUGCCAAUUUCACUUUACCCCAUUUAGUGAACUAUACAAAUGUAAGAGGUGUUGUAAUUAAAUGCUUGCCAAUUCAGCAUGUCAAAAAGGGAUCAGAAACAACUUCAAAAAGGGACGUAAUCAUUGUCAAUGAGGAGAAAAAACUUCUAAUUCUAACAUUAUGGAAUCCCAUCGAUGAAAUUGAGGGAAAUGCCUUGGAUAAAAUUACCAAUACUGGGCCUUUGGUAUUUGCAAUGAGGGUAAAAAUGACAACAUUCUAUGGACAAUCAAUCACUACAAGCCCCAGAUCUGCUAUUCUAAUAAAUCCACCAGUGAAAGAUGAUCUAAAGCUACAAACUGGUACACAAUUAACAAAGCAGAAAUUAAAGUACUCCUUCGGAAUGAAACAUACAAGGACACUGAGAUUCUGUUGCCACCUCCUAAAACAAAGACAUACUUCCAAUAGGCAGGGCAAUUAUAAAGAUGAAAAAUACAUAAACUGGAACAUCAAAUGCCCUCUUUGUAAAGAGAAAUCAGAAGUACAAAUCAUCUCAAGGGCAAUAAUUGAAAUCAAUGAUGGAACUGGAACAAUUGCAGCAAGCAUAUCAUCACCUGAAAUUGAAAAGUUAAUUCCAUUGAACCCCAGUGAAAUCAAAGAUGUAGCAAAAAGUGAAAAAAAUGUACAUGAUGUUAUCGCAUCAUCAGUUCAAGGAUUAUCGGUUGUCACAUUUGUACGAUCAUAUCUAACAUGGAACCAACAACAACAAAUCAAUAGAUUUGUCAUUGUCAAGUUGCAUAAAGUCCAAGAACAUUACACCAAAGAGCAACAAAUACUCAUUCCAUCAACUAAAUCUGAAAACUUGUCAACAACAAAACCAGCCUCACCUAAGCAAACCCAAAAGCGACCCCAACCAGAUGUAGGGAAAACAAAAGUGAUAGAAUCAUCAUCCGCAGGCACAUCGAGACCAACUAAAAGAAUGAAAUAG